GCCUCAAAAAUACAUCAUCCUCAAUUAUCCAAUCAAUAAAAUGGAUGCUAAAACAAUCAAAGAGAAGGCUGAGGUAGAGAUCUGGCAGUAUGUAUUCGGCUUCACACCAAUGGCCGUAGUGAAGUGCGCAAUCGAGCUCGAAAUCGCCGACGCCGUCGAGAGCCACGGCGGCGCCGUGUCUCUGCCCGACCUCGCCUCCGCCGUCGCCUGCUCGUCCUCCGCCCUCGGCCGCAUCAUGCGGUACUUGACCCACCGCGGCUUCUUCGAGCUCAACGAAUCCACAAAUCAAUACUCCAACACCCCCCUCUCUCUCCUCCUUUUGAAAAACGGAGCGAAAAGCAUCGCUCCGUUUCUGCUGAUGGAGGCCAGCCCCGCGAUGCUGGCCCCGUGGCACAGGCUGCGCACGCACGUGUCCUUGGAUGGAGGUUCGGCUUUCAAGGCCGUGCACAGGGAGGAUAUCUGGGAGUUCGGGUCCCAGAAUCUGGCCCAGAGCAAGAUUUUCAACGAUGGGAUGGCGAGCCACGCUAGGCGGGCUGUGUCCGAGAUCGUGGAGGGGUAUGGCGAGGUGUUUGAAGGGAUCGGUUCGUUGGUGGACGUUGGCGGAGGCGACGGCACGACCCUCCGUUGUAUUGUGGAGGCGUGCCCGUGGAUCCGUGGGAUCAACUUCGAUCUCCCCCACGUUGUCUCUGCGGCUAAACAGGGACAAGGUGUGGAGCAUGUAGCUGGGGAUAUGUUCAAACAUGUCCCUAGGGCUGAUGCUGUUUUCAUCAUGUGGGUGCUGCAUGACUGGAGCGACGACGAGUGUGUGCAAAUACUGACGAAAUGCCGGGAAGCGGUUCCAAAGGAGACGGGGAAGGUGAUAAUCGCGGAGGCGGUGAUCGUGGAGGGAGAAGAAGACAAGUACAGCGACGUUAAGCUGGCGCUGGACAUGGUGAUGAUGGCCCACACUGAGAAAGGGAAGGAGAGGACUGUUGAAGAGUGGGAUUGUGUGAUCAAAGGGGCUGGUUUCAGUAGCUACACUGUCAAACAUAUUGGCUCCAUUUUCUCUAUUAUUGUGGCUUGUCCUUGAUUUCCUAUUUGUUUUGUACAAUAAUGCAUUUUGAACUUCUAUGCUUGGUUUAUUGGUUUGUGUGAGGAGAUGUAUGAGAUGAUCAAAUACAGUUUAAAAUGCAAUUUAGUUGGUAUUGGGUUUGUUCUAUAA